UUUCUCCACCCAGCCAUGUCCGUCCAGUCGCGCAUCCACGCCUUCGAGUCUGGCGCGGUGCUGCAGCCACGUAUCAUACCCUCUACCCCACCAAAAGUCUCUCCGUCGCCCUCACCGCCAAAUCUAGGCCGGAAAUCGUCAUUGAUUGACCUGAAGAUUGAUUUGAAGGAGUGGGUGUUUGACGAGGGCUCGCCGCCACGCACGAAUGGCUGGAGAAACAAGAAGGAGGGCGAUGAGGAUGCCUUGAUCCACUUCUCACCACCCAAGAAGGCGCCCCCUUUGCCGCCACGAAAGCCAUCGCUAGUCAGUCUGAAAACAGCACCACAACGGAGCGACUCACUCACUGUCGAACACACAUAUCCUCCGUUAAAUGGCGGCAGCCCCAAACACACCCACGGGUCAUCCAUUUCCUCAUUCCAUUCCGUCUCCCUUUCCGAUGGCUCCCCCAGUCCAUCCGCUGCCGUCUUCCCCCAACAUCGCGGGAAUGGCACACCCACAGCGGCAGUCCAUACCACCGGAAGCAACAGCUCUAUAGGCUCAGAGUCGUUUGAAGAGCUCACUGCCUCAACCGCGUUGGUCAGUCCCGCCACUGCGGAGAUAAUAUCGCAAGACUGGGAACGCGCUAUGAACAGGAAAUUACCGCCGAAAUUACCAGCCCGCCCGCCAAAAAUAGCAUCAUCACCUCCCCCUCCAACACGUCGUGCCGUUCCGCCACCACCCACAGGCGACCGGGCAUCUAUUCGCAGUUUUGCUUCUGCCUCAUCUUCAACGUCGCUGACGUCACGGACUUCAUCCUCGACUUCCCCAAAACCUGUGUUGCAAUUCCCUUCUCCGCCAGUAACAGCGAAACUCACCUCAAGACCACCGCCAGUACCCCCUGGCCCGCGCAGACGAUACGAUGCGUUGUUUUCCUCUUUACACUCCGCCCACCUUUCACAAAACCGCGAAACAUUAUCUCCGCCGAAACGACGGGCCGCGGGCUGGAGGGGCUUGUCGGUAGACCUCAUCAGGGAUCCUGCGGGAGAGGGAGACACUCCAAGCAGUGAUAUACUGCCAGGGAAUGUGGUCCGGGUCGUAUGGUGUCGGUCGAGGCUGCCAAAGCAAAAUCUGUCGUCGAUAUGGACCGAGUGCGAUCCACAGGGAACAGGCUCGCUUGACCGCGAUGCAUUUGCGCGGGGAAUGUGGCGAAUUGACGAGGAGCUCAGGCAUGCAGCGGAGGCGGGCAGUCUCGCGAGGAGAACAAGCUCGAGGCGGGUUGGUGGUAUACGUUGA